CCGGGGAACUUUCUCAACUUCUCAGGCUCUCCUGACCGCGGCAGCUCCGCAGUCCUGGGACGGGUGGAGGAUCUGGAGGCUCUGCAGGAUCUGCAGCAGGAGCACCGUCACUUUCCCCGCACAUGCUCCACUUUUCCCUGCACUCUUUUCUGGUUUUCUGCUGCUGGAUCGACCGGAAUAUGUUGAGGAGUACACAAGUUCUUCAAACUCAGAACCAGUGAACGGAGCUGCUCUUUUUUUUUUUUUUUUUUUAUCUCGUAAAGGUUUACUUUUCUUUUUUGGGACAUGGCUCGGGUUAGAUGGGGCCUCCUGCUGUCCGUCGGGUUGUUCCUGUGGCGGCUCUGCGCGUCCGCGCAGCCGCCGCUGCAGAGCCGCGGCUCCGCCGCCGGUUCCUCCGGCUCCGCCGGGUCCUCCUUCAGGGGGCUGUACGUGCUCCGGGCCGGCCCCGGCUCCGCGGGCUCUGCGGGGGACGCGGGGCUGCGGGUCACCUCCAUCUCCACGCGGCAGCAGCCGCUCACCUACAGCCGCCAGGUCCGGACCCGCAGGAUGGGGGUCCGGGGGAACCCGGCGGCUCCAGCCCCGCAGGCGCUGAGGCAGAGCGGGCAGCAGCAGAGCCGGCAGCCGCCGCAGCUGCUCCAGCUGUCCGGGGUCAACGUCUGCGGAGGACAGUGCUGUCAUGGAUGGAGCAAAACUCAGGGAUCGCAGCGAUGCACCAAACCCAACUGCAUCCCCCAGUGCCAGAACGGAGGAAUGUGCCUGAGGCCUCAGCUCUGCAUCUGCAAACCCGGGUCUCAAGGGCAGACAUGUGAGCAGACGGCAGGUCCCACGUACCCCCAUCCGGCGCUGCCCGGGAACGGCCACGGGAACGGCCAUGGGAACGGCCACGGGAACGGCCAUACCAACGGCAAUGGCAAUGGCCACGGCAACGGCCACGGCAAUGGCCACGGCAAUGGUAACGGCCACGGCAACGGCCAUGGCAACGGCCAUACCAAUGGCCAAGGACACACCAACAGCGUGGUACCGCAGCGGCCCAUACCUCAGCAGGCGCUGCCUAACAGUCACGUAUCUGGCCCCCUUCCGGCCACCAACAUGGGCCAGAUGAAGCUAACCGUCAAGGCGGCCCCCCAGUUUGUGCGACCGCAUUUCAUCCAACAGCACAUCCAGCAGCAGAUCCGGCCCAUUCCCAUACACCCCGGACAGAAGCAGCAGUACUACAUUAAGCCCAAAUACUACCACACACACACGCAGACGCACGUCCAGUCCCAGCCCGAGCGGCCCAUCCCCCUGAGCGUUGGACAUCACCCCCUCCAUGCAGCGCUGGGGAACCACACCGGAAGGAUCAAGGUGGUCUUCACACCCACCAUUUGCAAAAUGACCUGCAUAGGAAGCAGAUGUCACAACAACUGCGAGAAGGGAAACACCACCACCAUCAUCAGCGAGAACGGCCUGGCCACGGACACGCUGACGGCGCCCAACUUCAGAGUGGUGGUCUGCCAUCUGCCGUGCAUGAACGGGGGGAAGUGCAGCGCCAGAGACAAGUGCCAGUGCCCUCCCAACUUCACGGGAAAGUUCUGCCAGAUGCCGGUUGCCAACGGACACCAGCAGACGUCCGGCGCUUACGGCCAGGCCCAGGUCCACUCCACGCACACGCUGCCCCUGACAUACGGCAACGGCCAGACCUCCGCGUUUAACCCGGGAGUGGUCAACAUCCACAUCAAGCACCCCCCGGAGGCCUCGGUCCAGGUGCACCAGGUGACGCAGCUGGACGACUUCCACAACAACGGGAACCAGCAGCAGCUGUCCCAGCCCGGCUCCUCCUCCUCCAGCAGCUACAGCUACCACCACAGCGAGAGCAGCCAGAAGAUCCAGCACCACAGCUACAACAUCGUCAAUCACGGCUACCAGGUUCCUCAGUACCAGCCCGUCGCCUCCAAGAACACGCUGGGCCGAUGCUUCCAGGAGACCGCCGCCGGACAGUGUGGGAAAGCUCUGCCGGGCCUCACCAAGCAGGAGCAGUGCUGCGGGAGCGUCGGGACGUCCUGGGGAUUCCACAAGUGCCAGACGUGUCCAAAGAGGACGUCCAUCCCUCUGAUAGAUUGCCCCCUGGGCUACAAGAGAGUCAACAGCUCUCACUGCCAAGAUGUGGAUGAGUGCCAGCUGCAGGGAGCGUGUCCCAACGGGAACUGCGUGAACACGGUGGGCAGCUACCGGUGCACCUGCAAGCCCGGCUACGUCCCCGACGCCUCGCUCACCACCUGCAUGUCCAACACACCUGCCGUCCCGGAGGAAAAGGGGGCUUGCUUCCGUUUGGUGAGCUCGGGGAGACAGUGUUUGCACCCAGUGUCUGCUCAACUGAGCAAACAGCUGUGCUGCUGCAGUGUGGGCAAAGCCUGGGGCCCCCGCUGUGACAAAUGCCCCCCUCCAGGAACAGAUAAAUUCAAAGAAAUCUGUCCUGGUGGGAUGGGCUACACCGUCUUACCCAAUAAACCGGUGACCGUGUACCAGGAACCCGACUUCUUGAGUCCACACCCUCUGCCGACGCCUGAGAGGCCCGUGGAGGCUUUCGGGAAGCCGGAGGAGAUCAUUCCAGUAGUGACGCCUGAACCGGGUCAGGUGCUCGUAGAUCCGGAGGUUAGCCUGCCAGAAAUGGCACCUUUCGUCCCAAAUCUACCCACGGACGUGUCCACCGUGAAGAUGGAGGCUGCGUUCUCAGAGGUCAUUGAGAAGACGUCCCCUCCGGCACCGGUGGAGAUCCGUCCGUCCAACGCUGGCCAGGACAUCGCGCCCACCCAGCUAGCAGAGGUGGACGAGUGCCAGAUCAACCCCUACAUCUGUGGGCAGGGCGUCUGCUACAACACGGCUGAGAGCUACACCUGCCACUGCGACGAGGGCUACCGUCUGGACCACACCCACAACACCUGUGUAGAUGUGGAUGAGUGCCAGGACGACCAGAUCUGCGUCCGAGGUCACUGCCAGAACACCGAGGGCUCGUUUAUCUGUCAUUGUGUGCCCGGCUUCACCCUGGCACCGACAGGGGACCAGUGUGUCGAUGUGGAUGAGUGUGAGGAGGCCGGGCCGUGCGGGGAUGCAGGCGAGUGUGUGAACAGCCUGGGCUCCUACACCUGCGUGUGUCCCGAGGGCUACCGGCAGAGCGGGGACACCAGCUGCACAGAUGUGGACGAGUGUGAAGAAGACACCGAGCUCUGCUCCCCUCACGGGACGUGUGUGAACGCCCACGGCUCGUACCUGUGUGUGUGUGACGGCGGCUUCACCGCCAGCCUGGACACGCCUUCUUGUGAAGACAUCGAUGAGUGUGGGCUGAACGAGACGCGCUGUGGACCCCACGGCUUCUGCGAGAACAGGCUGGGCUCGUUCCGGUGCCUGUGCGACCAGGGCUACCAGGAGUCGGAGGACGGCCAGGGCUGCGAGGAUGUGAACGAGUGUGAGCUGCUGAGCAGCGUGUGUGGGGAGGCCGAGUGUGUGAACGUGGACGGUUCCUUCCUCUGUGUGUGUCCCAGCGGCCAGGAGUACAACGUCAUGGUGGCCAAGUGUGAGCCCACCCCCACAGCAUCUUCAGCAGACAGGAAGGAGUGCUACUAUAACCUGAACGACGAGAACCUGUGUGAGAGCGUGCUGACCAGCGACAUCACGCUGCAGGAGUGCUGCUGCACCCUGGGAGCUGGCUGGGGGGACAACUGCGAGGUGCACCCAUGCCCCGUCAACGGCACAGACCAGUUCAACCAGAUGUGUCCGUCUGGGAGAGGGUUCAUCCCCAACGGAGACCUGCUGUACGGCAUCCCCACGUCUGACAGCUACAGAGAUGCCGACGAGUGCACGCUGUUCGGCCAGGAGGUCUGCAAGGGAGGAUUCUGCCUGAAUGCCAACGGCAGCUACGAGUGCUACUGCAAGGCCGGACACUACUACGAUCCCGUCAGGCUGGAGUGCACAGACAUCAACGAGUGCGUGGACGAUAUGCUGUGUGACGGGGGCCAGUGCCUGAACACGGACGGCUCGUUCCUGUGCUUCUGCCCCCCCAGCCUGGUGCUGGACCCGGCCAGCAACCGCUGCGUCUUCGCCCCCGAGCUAGCUGGUCAGUACGAGCCCGAGCAGACGGACUACCAGGGGAUCUGCUGGCAGGCUCUGAAGGACGGGGUGACGUGCACGCGGCCGCUGGGCCCCGACAGGAAGACCACGUACACGGAGUGCUGCUGCCUGCACGGGGAGGCCUGGGGGAUGGAGUGCGCGCUGUGUCCUCGCAGAGACACAGAGGUGUUUGCGUCCAUGUGUAACCUCCCUGUGGGCGGAGGCCGGCGGCCGUACGGCCACGACGCCCUGGUGGCCGGCCCGGUCCUGGAGUAUGAAGUGAGUCCGGACUACGCGCCCUCGCCUGAGCAGCAGCACAUCCUGCCCCUCUACGAGCACGAAGAUUCCUACAAGGCGUUUGAGGGCCUGCAGGCGGAGGAGUGUGGGAUCCUGAACGGCUGUGAGAACGGCCGGUGUGUGCGGGUGAAGGAGGGCUACACCUGCGACUGCUUCGACGGCUACACCCUGGACCUGUCGCGCAUGGCCUGCACAGACGUGAACGAGUGUUCAGAACUGAACCGCCGGAUGUCGCUGUGUAAAAACGCCAGGUGCAUCAACACGGUGGGCUCGUACCAGUGCGAGUGUCUGCCGGGCUUCAAGGCCUCCAACAGACCCAACUACUGCGUGGAGGCGGAGCCGCAGCCCACGCCCGCCCUGUCCACCCAGUGAGCGCGGGCGGAAACUGAGAGGGGGACGAAGCAAAACCACAUGCACAAGCUCGUAUUCCUGUACUAGUGAGGACACCCGCUGACAGCAGUCAUCGUUUCAUGGACCAACCCGAUCACCCGAGGCCCCUGGGAGCUCCCCAGAGCUCAGCCCGGCCUCGGCCCCCACCCGGAGGAGGAGGAGCACCUUUCAGACACCUCACGCUCUUUUUGACAGUUUCAUGAGGUCUUUGUGACACGUCUGACCCGGUACAACAGAAAAGCUUAUGUUUCAAUCCUCAGUCUGCAGGGAUUGGAUUUGAUUUGAAAAUCUUUAAUGUCCCCGAAGGGCAAUUUGUUUUGCAACAACAGAACAACAUACAUAUCCCACUUCAAACACACAAUACAAUAAAUACAAUAAAUAUAGUAAAUACAGUCAUCACAGUAAACAGGUGCAUUGUUCCCCCUAAAGGCUGUUUAGAAACUUAACCGCGGAUGGGAUAAAUGAUUUGAGGUAUCUGUUUGAUUUGGCCCUACAGGGAAAAGUGUAGCUUCUCUUAGACGGGAGAAGCUGAAACUCAGCAUGGAGAGGAUGGUGAGGGUUCGACAAAAUGGCCUUUGCCCUCUGAGUGACUCUGGCUUGAUAGAUGUAAUACAGAUCAUUCAAGCUAAUGCCAUUGUUUGUUGGCAUUAAUAAUUGUUUUCUGGCAGAGUUUGACCACAUUGGGAGCCUUAUUCUAUACUGGUCGCACAGCUUUGUGCAGCUACUCAAAUAGAAAUAUGUAAACCCAAAUAACCCUUGACCUCUUCCUAACCAGGGCUCUGACUCCGGAGAAAGAUGACACAGAUCAUUCAAACCACUUUAAUCACACAAACCUGAGAUGAUCCAUACGUUCGGUUCAACUGAGCUUCAUUUAUACGAUGUCAACAGUACAGGCAACUCUUUCUAGAUUAGUCCAAUCAAUACCAAACCAGGAAAACAGUAGUUGUUGAUUCAGUAGAGAUGCACGCAGCACAUCCAUGUAUCCUUCCAGCCAAACCGAGCGACUAAGUGAAGCUUGAGGGCACCGGCACCGGACCACACCCUGCACACAAACACAGUUAGCGCGUGGAAGAUUAGACUCCCAAGACUGCAGGAUGAAAAAGAUGAGAGAAACUCAGUGAGCUCGCUGCUGCUCUUCCUCCCAACUCAGAAUCUGGUCCAAAACGUGAUGGUUGAACCUGUAGAAACCCCAGGCUGGCACCGACCAGCGAGCUCAGGCAAACAAACCCACAACAGUUCUGUCCAGAAGGACUCAACACAUUUAGCGACGCACAUAAACACGCCAGCACCCCAGCACCCCAGCACCCCACGUCCUGGGUUGGGAUCGACCCGGGGCGGAUAUAAACCUGAAAAACCAACAGCACCUACGUACGUACAAAUGUCUGUCUUCUAAAAGACAGACUCACAAUUUUGAAUUGAAUUAAAACUCUGUUAGGCAGCAGAAGAAACGCUCUUUAAGUCUUUAGGUCUUCAAGUCUUUAGGUCUUCAGGUCUUUAGGUCUUUUAAGUCUUUAGGUUUUUAGGUGUUUAGGUUUUCAGGUUUUUAGGUCUUCAUGUCUGAAGGUCUGAAGGGUUUUAGGUCUGAAGGUUCUUAGGUCUGAAGGUCUGAAGGUCUUUACGUCUACAGUUAUUCAGGUCUUUAGGUCUUCAGGUCUGAAGAUCUUCAGGUCUUUAGGUCUAUAGGUCUUUAAGUCUUCAUGUCUGAAAGUCUUCAUGUCUGAAGAUCUUCAGGUCGUUAGAGCUACAGGUCUUCAUGUUUUUAGGUCUUUAUGUCUGAAGGUCUGAAUGUCUUUAGGUCUUUAAGUCUUUCUACAGGUUUUAGGCCUUCAGGUCUGAAGAUCUUCAUGUCUGAAGGUGUUUAGGUCUAGAGGUCCACAGGUCUUCAGGUCUUUAGAUCUUCAGGUCUGAACAUCUUCAGGUCUUUAGGUCUUUAGUUCUUUAGGCUGCCAUGCUCCAUCAGCAGAGAUAGUUUCAACUUAAAUUAGCAGUUCUCUUUUCAGGGAGGAGUAUCAAGGUCCGGCCUGGUUAGGAAGGGGUUAGGCAGAGACACUUCCAGUCUUUUCCCUGAGCAAACGCAGGACUCUACAGGUGCACACGUACAGAACAGACGCGCAUAUUCUUUCACAAACACGACAGUAAACCCGGCCGGCUGCUGGAGAUGGAGGUUCAGUCACGUACAGGCCACCUGCUGGAUGAAACACACACUUGUAUAAAACGUAUGUUUGUCCCUUUCUUUUCUAACUUGCUUCAUCAUUAUGUUUCCGAGUGGAGCGUCCUGCGCGCCGGCAGAGCCGCCCCGCCCUGCGCGCAUAGACAACCCCGCGCACGGACUCGUGCCGGGGGAUCCAGUUGUUGUGUACCCGGUCGGACUGUUUUGGGAUAUUUAAUUCUAUGAAGAAGCCGGUGGUCCGUUUCCUCACGUCCUCCAUCCUUCCGGCUGCCACGGAGCAACGCUGCACCACGACCUGGCCGGGUGGCGCCGUGCGCGCGCCUCGCUGGGCUGGAGGAAGCCCCUCACGUCGAGUCGUGGUCGCCUGCUGUGUCUCCUGCUGCUUCCUUCCUCUUCCUCCUGAAGGACUGAGAUGAUUUCCUCCUUCUCUUGUCUGUGUUACACUGCAAAGUCUUGCCAGGUUGCAAAGCUGCUACGGGACAGCGAUGGGAGAGAACAACCUCGUGUACAUUGAAACUAAAGAGUGAAGAAAACAGCUCAUGAAUUUGUACAUGAAUAAAUAGCUUUUUCUAUGAAUUCAUAUCACAGUGUACAUUAAACUCCUUGGAAAUAAA